UACCACCCCGCUCCCCGCCGGCCGGCCGGGGGGCGGGGCGCGCGGCCCGAAGUAAGGGACCCCUGGCCGGGCGCACCGCCUCGAGGGCUCGCGAGCCGGCCUGCGGGAACCUUUGCCGGGCGAGGAGCCGCGCGCUGAGCCGCCGCCGCCGCCGCCACCCCCGGCCCCUGCGCUGAUCAGGCUCUGCGCCAGGAGGCGGCGGCCAGCCCGAGUCUCUGCUCGGCGAGCCGGGGCGCUCCCGACGGCGACCUGCCCCGCAGAGGGCCCGAGAAGGAGAAGGAGAAGGACGUGGAGGAAGGACGGCCAUGGCACUCGACUUCCUGGCUGGAUGCGCUGGGGGUGUGGCAGGCGUGCUGGUGGGACACCCAUUUGACACGGUCAAGGUGAGGCUUCAGGUCCAGAGCCUGGAGAAGCCCCAGUACCGCGGCACCGUGCACUGCUUCCAGUCCAUCAUCAAGCAGGAGAGCGUGCUGGGCCUGUACAAGGGCAUGGGCUCGCCACUCAUGGGGCUCACCUUCAUCAACGCGCUGGUGUUCGGCGUGCAGGGCAACACCCUGCGGGCCCUGGGCCAGGACUCGCCAACGAACCAGUUCCUGGCGGGGGCGGCGGCAGGCGCCAUCCAGUGCGUCAUCUGCUGCCCGAUGGAGCUGGCCAAGACGCGGCUGCAGCUGCAGGACGUGGGCGCGGCCCGCACCUACCAGGGCUCCCUGGACUGCCUGGCGCAGAUCUACCGGCACGAGGGCCUGCGCGGCGUGAACCGGGGCAUGGUGUCCACCCUGCUGCGCGAGACGCCCAGCUUCGGCGUCUACUUCCUCACCUACGACGUGGUGACGCGCGCCCUGGGCUGCGAGCCGGGGGACGCGCUGCUGGUGCCCAAGCUGCUGCUGGCGGGCGGGACGUCGGGCAUCCUGUCCUGGCUCUCCACCUACCCCAUGGACGUGGUCAAGUCCCGGCUGCAGGCCGACGGGGUGCGGGGCGCCUCGCGCUACAGCGGGAUCCUCGACUGCAUGCGCCAGAGCUACCGCGCCGAGGGCUGGCGCGUCUUCACGCGCGGGCUCACGUCCACGCUGCUGCGCGCCUUCCCCGUCAACGCCGCCACCUUCGCCACCGUCACCAUCGUGCUCACCUACGCACGUGGCCCGGAGGACCAGUCCGAGGACGAGGGUGUGCCCGCGGCCUCGGGGUCUGCGCUGGCCCAGCCCUCCAGCCUGUGAAGCUCCGCCCCAUGGACAGGCGUGGCCUCCCCAGGGCCGCUUCAUAACCCCAACCUCAACCUCAAUGGGCCCCCUGCCCGGGCCGGAGGGCUGGGACUCCGUCACAUCUGGCCCGAUGCCACGCCUCCGCUGGGUUACCUUGGCCACAGACUUGACUCCUCAUUUUUCUCAGCUGUGACGUGGGGAUGCUCAAACCCACGCUGAGCACUCAGGAAGCUGGCCCUGUUACCUGGAAGCUUCCAGAAACCCAGCCAACACUCCAGCCUUCCCUGGGAUCCCACCCACCACCACCCCGGCUCUCCCAGGGACACUCACUGCGCAUCCUCUCCCUGGCAGAGCUCCGGGGCCCUUCUUGGCCACCGGUCCAGGCUCUGUGAUGAGGACAGAGGCAGCCCCGGUGCCUCCUGGUAUCAGAGAACUGAACCUCUCCUAGUGCACCCCAGCUUCUCCACAUGGCACUGCUGGGGGUCCCCCUACUGCUGCCACUCCCGGUGGAGGCUGACGUGGGACCACCGAAAGGCCCUGGGGUUUGCUGGAGGCUCCAGAUCCUCCAUAGUUUUAAACACAGCCAUGGGGAGGGGAAGUCUGUACCCUCUGGGCCUCAGGCUGCCCAUCUAUGAAAUGGGGACACGGGUCGGCUGAUAUCUAGAGCUCUGGCCCACUUUUCCAAAGGUCAGUGGAGGGGUGGAGAGGGAGAUAGUAUGGGUCCCCCACCCCCACCCCCUUCUCCAGCAAAGGGGCAAGCUCCUUGGUGCCUGGUGUUCCCGUGAGGUGGGAGGGCCCACGGGGGGCGUGGCUGUGGCCAGUUUGGGCCCCUCCGGGUUGAGGGGGAGCUGAGCCCACGCUCUGGGGCUUCCACUCGAAGCUAGUGCUGCGGUGGGAACUCGGGGUAGCCCCGGCACAUCCAGUACAGCGUGGCCACGUGACGGGGUGGGGAGGUGGAUGGUUUUGCAUGGAUGGAGGUGUCUGUGGCCCCCUUAGCCCUGAGUGGGGCUCAGCCUCUGGGGCAGUGUGACAAGCUCCCCCAGGAGGCCCUGGGCGAGGAAGACAGGACUCCCACCCUGUGCGUGGGUGUCACUGGAAAUAAAGUCACUUGUUUUUUAA